AUGUUCAACAUUCUCAAGCUCACCCUGCUCGCUCUCCUGACAGCUCCCGCCGUCAUAGCAAGCGACCUCAUCGUGCAGAACAACUGCAACUUCCACGUCUGGUGUUCCGCCGCCAAGAACGACGGGUCCUCCAGCGCGUCGGUCAAGGUACACGCCGGCCGGCAUUACACAUCCCCACUCCCAGCCUACAACGACAACGUUGGCUCCGUUUUGAAAUGCACCGAUGUAUCUGGUUCCCUGAGUGUAUUCCAAGCCGAGCUGGCCGUGCAGAACGGUAGGUCGUGGUUUGACUUGUCGGCCAUCGACGGCGACCCAUUCCUCCCGCACCACCGCCAUGCCGAGCUCGCGGGCCAGUGUGUUCUCGACUGCCCUCCCGGGUCUACGUCCUGCUACUACCCUGUUCAGGUCGACUGUGCUACUACUGAGAGUGCCGUACUGACUAUUUGUUAG